UUUUGUUGUAGGAAGUUGCGGCAAUGGUACCUUUAGUCCGUCGGAUGUCCAAUAUUCAUACAAGGAGGAAAAACCCGUUCCUCUCAAUUUGUAAUGGCUACGCUAAUGAGUCAAGCCCGAGUCGACUCGCUUCGCCGCCUCCGAUCCAAGUCGGGUUCACCGAGUCAGCCGGUCGAGGUGUGUUUGCCAAUCGGAGAAUCGGUGCCGGCGAACUCAUUCACACUGCCAAACCCAUCGUCUCUCACCCUUCUCUUUCUUCACUUCAUAGCGCCUGUUAUUUCUGCCUCAAGAAGCUUCAAUUCAAGAACCAAACUGAAGCGUCAAAUGUUCCGUUUUGUAGUUAUGAAUGUAGAGAACAGUCCAAGAUCUUUUACGAGACUGAAAAGCAAGCAGAUUGGUCAGCUUUUCAUGAAUAUUGUCGAACUCAGGGCCUGAAGUAUCCGCUUCUGGUAAAGAGAUUGGCUUGCAUGAUUAUAUCUGGAGCUUCCACUCCUGAAACUUUUGACAUACUUCAGCCAGCAACAUUAUCUUCCAGAAUGAUUUUACUGAUGGAGAAGGAAUAUCAGCUGCUGAGAAGCACAUUUGAAGAUGCAGGGUUCACAGAUGAGCAGAUUGCAUUUUUGACAAAGCAAUGGUAUAUUGAUGUAUUGGCACGGAUCCGUAUCAAUUCUUUUCGGAUUGAAUUGGCCUUGGGAUCGUAUGAAGAUAUCCUUUUGUCAGCAGCAGCAUCAGUAGACGCAGAGGCUGCUGUUGGAAAUGCUAUUUAUAUGCUACCGUCAUUUUAUAAUCAUGACUGCGAUCCCAAUGUACACAUUCUGUGGAUAGAAAGUGUGAACGCAAAAUUGAAGGCACUUCGUGAUAUUGAAGCAGGGGAAGAGUUGCGGAUAUGCUACAUCGAUGCAAGCAUGGAUCAUGAUGCUCGGCAAGCUAUCCUUUCUGAAGGAUUCGGUUUCCAUUGCAAAUGUGCUCGAUCAUCCCGAAGAACAAUGUUAAUCUAGGACCAUGAUAUUCAAAAGAAUGAUCAGGGUGGGUUGCUGUGAGCACCCUCCACUUCCAACCAAGAGAUUGUGAGUUCGAGUCACCCCAAGAGCAAGGUGGGGAGUUCUUGGAGGGAGGGAGCUGAGGGUCUAUCGGAAACAACCUCUCUACCCUAGGGUAGGGGUAAGGUCUGCGUACACACUACGCUCCCCAGAUCUCACUAGUAGGAUUAUGGUGGGUUGUUGUUGAUCAAGGCAUGUAUUUUUUAUUCAAAAGAUAAUGAGGCCGUAUUCUCCACUUAAAUAUCAGACUUUGUGGCAAGGUUUAAUUCACACGUAACAUUCUUACCACUAGACCAAAACCUAGUGGUGUCAGAUCAUUUAUUUA